AUGGAGAGCAGAUCGUACCUAACUCGCAAGCCCGUCGCCGGCAUGGAUAGUACGAGCAUCACGACCAAAGUAAAAGACUUCGGCGCCCCGACCCCAAAACCCCGUCCACCCAUCGCACCAAACGGCGACCUAACUCUCCUCGUCGGCCCCGAACCCAACCAUCAUCCACUCCGCGUGCACUCCCUCGUCCUCAAAAACGCAUCCCCCGUCUUCGCCUCGAUGCUCCAGCCCCCCUACCUCGAAUCCGCCACCCUCUUCACGGCGACCCCGUCCUCCCCGGCACGCAUCUCCCUGCCCGAAGACGACCCCCUCGCCGUCGAAACGAUCUGCCGCGUCCUGCACAACCGCGCCGACGCCGCCGUGUACGAGCUCUCCGCGGAGGAAGUGCUGAGGGUCGCCGUCGCGGCGGACAAGUACGACUGCGCGGGGGCGAUGGCGCUGGCGGCAGAGUACUGGCUGAGCCCGGGCAAGUUGGAGGGGCUGAUGAACGCGGCGAGGGACGGGUGUAUCGGGUUCCGGAGGUGCGAUUUGUUGUUGGCUAGUUAUUGGUUUAAGCACGAGAGGGUGUUUGGGGAGGUGACGAGGGCGUUGGUUGUGAAUGUGGUUGGGGGGUUUGAGGGGUUGGUUGAGGGACGGGAGGGCGUUGAGGAGGUGCUUGCUUGGAGACUUGCGCUGGCCCUCGAACAACAAAGAAACAACCUCCGCCUCUCCCUCUACACGAUAAUCAUGGACCGCACAACCGUCUCUUCAAGCCUCCGCCCACGCAUCUUCCUCGGCUUACACUGGCCAGAAAGACAGACCCAGAACAGCGUCAUCUCGAAUGUCCUCCGCAGCAUCGACCGGGGCAUCUUCUCCCACGGAAUCAUGUACAUGUCCAUCGACGAAGCCCUCCGACGCGCCUUGGAGAUCCCGAUGGGCGCUUAUAACCGCAUGAUGAGCCUCGUCAAGGUGACUGAUCAGAAGGAGCUGUACGGUUGUCGAGAGAAGAGAUCGAGUUACAAGGAGCACAUCAUUGCUGGUGUGAGUCGGUGGAGGAAGGAUAAGUUGAUGGGGCUGUGUUUGGCGUGUUUGCAUGAGCAGAUGGAGUGCAGCGUCGAGCACGUGGGUGAUGGGAAGGAGAGGAGGGAGUGGGAGGAGAUGGCUGCGGAGUUGAAGUAG